AUUAGAGAAGGCUGUCCCUUGCAAUUGGUGGAGGGCACCUCGCCGGAAGGGCGGAUGCUCGCGGCUGGAGAAAGAGGAAAGCCUGGUGGCGGGAAGUUUUCAUUGCGGAGCGGCUGGAGACUGUGGUGGGCAGACGGGGGCGUGCGGUCGGAAGUCCAGAAAGAGCAGGAGGAAAACCAGUGAACCACUCAAGUAGCAACUUGAAAGUAGCAGUUUACUGUGCACGCACCGAAGAGACGACUGUGAAACCAGGAGCCCAAAAAGGGAAUGAGGCUCUGGGCGUAUAUUGUUACCAAGCGACUUAAUACAGUUAAGAAUUGUCUGAUCCUGAUGGAUACCGUUUGGCCUGUGAGUGGCUGCUGACAGACCUUCAAAACCCUUGAGAGUGUGCAGCAUAUUAGAGAGAAAGAAGUUUGGAUCUCCAAUUCAGUUUUAAAAUGGCAUCCAUUUCAGCUCUAACUGAAGAAUUGGAUUCUAUAACCAAUGAGCUACAUGCAGUAGACAUUCAAAUUCAGGAACUUCUGGAAAGGCAACAAGAGCUUAUUCAGAAAAAGAACAUCCUAACAAACCGAAUAAAGCAGCACUUAGAAGCUUCUGACGUUGGGGAAAGCAGUGAAUCGGAUUCUUCACCUGCUGCUUGGAAUAAAGAAGAUUUUCCCUGGUCUAGUAAAGUUAAAGAUGUUCUGCAAAAUAUCUUUAAACUGCAGAGGUUCAGACUGCUUCAGCUUGAAACUAUUAAUGUAACAAUGUCUGGGAAGGAUGUAUUUCUUGUUAUGCCUACAGGAGGUGGAAAGAGCUUAUGCUAUCAGUUACCAGCAUUAUGUUCGGAUGGUUUUACCCUUGUGAUUUGCCCAUUGAUCUCUCUUAUGGAAGACCAGUUAAUGGUUUUAAAACAAUUAGGAAUUUCAGCUACCAUGUUAAAUGCUUCUAGUUCUAAGGAGCAUGUGAAAUGGGUUCAUGCUGAAAUGAUAAAUAAGAACUCCAAGCUAAAGCUAAUUUAUGUGACUCCAGAGAAAAUUGCAAAGAGCAAAAUGUUCAUGUCGAGACUAGAGAAAGCCUAUGAAGCAAGGAGAUUUACCCGGAUUGCUGUGGAUGAAGUUCACUGUUGUAGCCACUGGGGACAUGAUUUCAGACCUGAUUACAAGGCACUUGGUAUCUUGAAGCGGCAGUUCCCUAACACAGCCCUAAUGGGGCUGACUGCAACCGCAACAAGCCAUGUACUGAAGGAUGCCCAGAAGAUACUGUGUGUGGGAAAGUGUUUUACUUUCACGGCUUCUUUUAAUCGGCCAAAUCUUUAUUAUGAGAUUCGGCAGAAGCCCUCCAACACGGAAGAUGUUAUCGAGGAUAUUGUAAAGCUCAUUAAUGGGAGAUACAAAGGGCAAUCAGGAAUCAUAUAUUGCUUUUCUCAGAAAGACUCCGAGCAAGUUACAGUUAGUUUACAGAAACUGGGAAUUCAGGCAGGUGCAUACCAUGCCAAUAUGGAACCAGAAGAUAAGACCAGGGUUCAUCGAAGAUGGUCAGCCAAUGAAAUUCAGGUAGUAGUGGCCACGGUUGCAUUUGGUAUGGGAAUUGACAAACCAGAUGUGAGGUUUAUUAUCCAUCAUUCAAUGAGUAAAUCUAUUGAAAAUUAUUACCAAGAGAGUGGACGUGCAGGUCGAGAUGACAUGAAAGCGGACUGUAUUUUGUAUUAUGGCUUUGGAGAUAUAUUCAGAAUAAGUUCAAUGGUGGUGAUGGAAAACGUGGGACAACAGAAGCUUUAUGAGAUGGUGUCAUAUUGUCAAAACAUAAGCAAGUGUCGCCGUGUAUUGAUAGCUCAACAUUUUGAUGAAGUGUGGAAUGCAGAAGCAUGCAACAGAAUGUGUGAUAAUUGUUGUAAAGACAUUUCAUGUGAAAGAAAGAAUGUCACAGCACACUGCAGAGAUCUAGUCAAGAUCCUGAAGCAGGCAGAGGACCUGAAUGAAAAGCUCACUCCACUGAAACUGAUUGAUUCUUGGAUGGGAAAGGGUGCAGCAAAAUUGAGAGUGGCAGGUGUUGCUCCUCCCAAACUUCCUCGUGAAGAUCUAGAGAAAAUUAUUGCACACCUUCUUCUACAGCAGUAUCUUAAAGAAGACUACAGUUUCACAGCUUAUGCUACCAUUUCAUAUUUGAAAAUAGGACCUAAAGCUAAUCUUCUAAACAAUGAGGCACAUGUUAUUACCAUGCAAAUGAAGAAGCCCACGCAGAGCUGUUUCAGGAUUGAAUCAUCUCAAACUUGUCAUUCUGAAGGAGCUGAUAAAAAGAGGGAAGAAAAAAAUUCAGGUAACUUCCGGAAGUCUGCAAAUACGGUUCAGCAACCUAAGAAUACAGGGACUAAGAAAAGAAAAAUUGAUGAUGCAUGAGAUGAAUGUUUCUAAAUUUUCCAAGAAAAGUUUAUGUAUACACCAUUAUUUUGUAGUUAAAAGAUUAAGAUAAUUUUAUUGAUAUUUUAUACAUAUGGGACUUAGCUCUGAAGUACUGAAGACUUGAAAAUUUAAGAUCAUGAACUCUAUAAAUUUACAGUAGGAAACAAGGAAAAAAUUAAUGUAAAAUAUUUAAGAAAGAAUUAAUGUAACCACCUCAAGCUCUUUAAAAUUAGGUAUGUCAAGGGAUAUUUUCUUUUGAUAGCAGUGUUAUUUUACGGAAUAUUUUACACAGGCUUAUCACAGAAAGGAAAUGAUUUCAGCUCAUAACAGCUGUAGAAUCCAAAUGUAAAAAGAAUUAAGGUAUCAAUACAAAGGAUAUUAGCAAGCAAGCUAUUAACCCUCGUUGACAUCUCAUAAUCAAAGAAUGAUCCUGGCAUAUCAGACCCAAGUUGUUGUUAAGGAGAUAACAACCUAGCUAAAUCUGCUCCAAAGCUAAAUCAGGAGUAACAUUUACAUAUGUCGUCAGUUUUGUGUUGGAAAAAUGUAUUUGUAAAUUAUUUGAUCUUUGCAUUUAAAAAAAUAUUUUAAUACACUCUUCUGAAAUCAUUAUCACUUCUGUAUUCUUACUUAAUUAAAUCAGUGCAUUUGCCUUAUUGUGACUUUGUUAUUUGAAACUUCAUUUUGAUUAAAAAAGGCAUUUCAAGAACUA